CCUCUUCUUUUUCUAUUCUGCUCGACUGAAGAAGCGCGGACCCGCUGCGGCUCUCUAAUUAUGGUGUUGAUGCAUGUCUUGUUCGAGCAUGCGGCGGGUUAUGCUCUGUUCACCGUCAAAGAGGUGGAGGAGAUCGGUAUGCUGCUGCCUCAGGUCGAGGCCAGCGUCCUGAACAUUGGGAAGUUCAACAACAUAGUGAGUCUGGCUGCCUUCUUUCCAUUCAAAUCUGCUCAGGCAGCCCUGGAGAAUAUGAAUGCCAUUUCUGAAGGUGUGGUUCAUGCUGACCUGAAGUUGUUCCUUGAAACAAACCUGCCCUGCUCAGGGAAGAAGAAGCCCAUGUUGGGGGUUUCAGAUGCCAAAAUUGGUGCAGCUUUGCAAGAAGAAUUUGGUAUUUCCAUCCAAACUGGUGGGGUUGUAGCUGAAAUAACUCGAGGUCUGCGUCUGCAUUUUCAUUCCCUGGUCAAGGGCCUGACUGCUCUGGCUGCCUCCAAGGCACAGCUGGGUCUCGGCCAACAGCUACUACCCAGAGCUAAAGUAAAGUUUAAUGUCAAUAGGGCUGACAAUAUGAUUUCCAGUCCAUUUGCUUUGUUGGACCAGCUUGACAAGGACAUUAACACCAUCUCUUGCUGAUUUUCUUUUCCCCACAGUGAGUGGUAUGGCUACCACUUCCCAGAGCUGAUCAAGAUUGUUUCAGAAAACUCAGUCUACUGCCGCCUCGCCAGAUUGAUCGGAAACAGGAAGGAGUUGAGUGAGGAGAGUUUGGAGAGCUUAGAAGAGGUUGUGAUGGACGGUGCCAAAGCUCAGGCCAUCCUGGAUGCAUCACGCUCUUCCAUGGGUUAGCAUAUGCAAAUGUAUGGAUAUUCUCCUAUUGACCUGAUCAACAUAGAGCGGUUCUCCAGUCGUGUGGUGUCUCUAGCUGCCUAUCGGCUGGAGCUGCAGGAGUACCUCAGAUCCAAGAUGAGUCAAGUGGCUCCCAACCUGGCGGCUUUGAUCGGCGAAGUGGUGAGUAUGUGGGAGGCUCGUCUGAUCUCACAUGCCGGCAGUCUGACUAACCUGGCCAAGUAUCCGGCCUCCACGGUUCAGAUCCUGGGAGCAGAGAAGGCCCUAUUCAGAGCUCUGAAGACCCGUGGCAACACCCCCAAGUACGGCCUGAUCUUCCACUCCACCUUCAUUGGACGUGCUGCUGCCAAGAACAAAGGCCGGAUCUCCAGAUACCUGGCAAACAAGUGCACCAUUGCAUCACGCAUCGACUGUUUCUCUGAGCUCCCUACAAGUGUCUUUGGGGACAAGCUUCGAGAGCAGGUGGAAGAGCGCCUGUCUUUCUAUGAGACUGGUGAACUGCCGCAGAAUGUGGAUGUGAUGAAGAGUCAGUCAACGGAGGCCACUGACGUUGCAGCUGAGAUCAGGCGCAAGUUAGAGAAAAAGGAGAAGAAACGUAAGAACCGAGUAAAAGAAGCGUCAAAAAAACGCCAAGCAAAAUGGUGAACAACAGUGGAGAAUGCAGAAGCAAAUACCAGCGUGAAGAAGAAAAAGAAAAAACAAGCAGUGGAGGAGGCAGACAUCCAGUCGGCUGAAAAUGGCCCAGAGGACACAGACACUCCAGUGAAGAAAAAGAAACGGAAGGCUGAGGUGGCAGAUGACACAACUGCUGUAGGCGAUACUGAGACUCCAGCCAAGAAGAAAAAGAAACGAAACACUGAGGCAGCAGAAGCUGAUCCAGAAGCAACAGAAACACCAGUGUCUCAGAAGAAGAAGAAAAAGGAUAAGUGUUGAGUGAAUAUGACCAAAGACUGAGUGCUUAUUUUUGUGUAAAUUUUAUUUUUCUACUCGAGUUUAUUUCCUGUAAUACCAGGAAAACACAAGACUAAUGGAGUCGGUGCAUCAGCGACAUUUCCAUCAGGAACAGUUUUUAAAAAAUUGCUGCAUAUGGAGCUGUGGAAUUUUGGUUUCUGAUCACCAACUGUGAGGAUCAGUGAAACACUUAUUUUGGGCCAUGUUGCACAUGCACCCCGACUGUGACAUUAAAGGUGGACCUCUCAAGUUGCUCUGAAGCCUUGUUGCUCAUCACAGGAUCUUGGUCCUCCAGUACCAUCAGACACAUUUACAUCUCUCGCUGAUUAGCUCAUUCAGGUGUGCAGCUCACCUAGCUUGAGCAUGCAGUGAUGGAAAAUGUGCUGUGGUGCUUGAGGACCCAUUUGGAGUGCCUACAUAACGGAGUGGCAAUGUGAAUGUCCCGCAGUUUGAUUGACGGCUGCCAUAUUUUUUUCUACUCCUGGAGUGGUGGUGCAUGAUCAUAUGUACAUCAGCGCACACAUCUCAGUCUAGCAGCUUGUUGGUUGCAUGAUUUUAUUCUCCAGGAAGUUUCAAACUGAUGUGCAUAUGGAUGCAAUCAUUUGUAUCCAUUUAGAUUGCCUGUAGACAGAGACAGAUGUGGGGAAAAUAAAAGUCCAUGUCAUA